AUGUCACGAGCCACGUACAUAGUGGGUGCCCUUGCGGGAUCUGCUGUUGUAGCCUACAUCUGUGACAAAGUCAUUUCUGAUGAUAAGAUCUUCGGAGGCAAUACACCGGGAACUAUAACUAACAAGGCAUGGGGGGUUGCGACUGAAGAGAGGCUCCAAGCAUGGCCUAGAACCGCUGGUCCUCCCGUCGUCAUGAACCCUAUCAGUCGCCAGAACUUCAUCGUCAAGUCCCGCCCUGAAUAA